AUGAAACUUGAUCUGUUUCUAAUUUCCAUGAUAUGCAAAUCUUUCAUCUCAACUUUAGCUGCCGAUUUCUCCGAACGAUGUAAUAUCGAAUGUGAAAAUGGUGGUACGGUAAAUAUGGAUUGCACUUGUCAAUGUGCAUAUGGAUUAGAGGGAAAAAAUUGCGAGCAACUUUCUAGACGAAAACUUUUUACCGAUCAAUCAUGUGGCAUACAUAAUAAAGAACAGGGAACAAUUUCACUAAGCACAUAUCCGGAAGCUCGAAAAGGUGCAACAUUCUGUCAAUGGUUGAUAAAAAGUAAACCGGAAAAGACGAUCGAAUUUUACAUUAACGAUUUGGAUUUAGAUGAUGAUAAUGUUCCACCGGAUCAACCAUGCAAUGAUAUUUUUUAUAUUUGGGGCGCUAAAAGUAUUGCUAAUCCUAUUUUGUGCGUUACAAGAAAUGAUCUGAUCGGUGUACGUUUCGAAAGUGAUUCCGAUUGGUUAUUCAUUGAAUUACGAACAAAUCCAUGGUCAGAGCGAUCACAUCGUGGUCCACGAAUUAAAUAUCGUCAGAUUGAUACACCUUAUCAAAGAUCUUUACGAGCUUUUACAACCGAUGACAUAAUACCAUCAAAUGGUGCCAGUAAUGUAUCGAUAUUUAUUGUCUUACUACUGUUAGCAAUAAACAGAUGA